CCGCGGACGCGCCGACGCUGCCGAGCGGGGUCCGGGGGGCCCGGGAACCCGGAGCAGCCCGCAUUCAGACCCCGGCCCGGCUCCCGCUCCGGUCUCAGCCAACUGGUGGCCGAGCGCGGCGCGGCCCGGGCCGGGGGGGAUGUCUCGUCGGACGCGCGGGGAGGAGCUGGACGAGCUGCACUACCAGGACACCGAUUCCGACGUGCUGGAGCAGAGGGACAGCAAGUGUAAGGUCAAAUGGACCCAUGAGGAGGACGAGCAGCUGAGGGCUCUGGUGCGGCAGUUCGGACAGCAAGAUUGGAAGUUUCUGGCCAGCCACUUUCCAAACCGCACUGACCAGCAAUGCCAGUACCGAUGGCUGAGAGUCCUGAAUCCAGACCUUGUCAAGGGGCCCUGGACCAAAGAGGAGGACCAGAAGGUUAUCGAGCUGGUCAAGAAGUAUGGCACAAAGCAGUGGACCCUCAUCGCCAAGCACCUGAAGGGCCGGCUGGGGAAGCAGUGCCGUGAGCGCUGGCACAACCACCUCAACCCUGAGGUGAAGAAGUCCUGUUGGACCGAGGAGGAAGACCGCAUCAUCUGCGAGGCCCACAAGGUGCUGGGCAACCGCUGGGCCGAGAUCGCCAAGAUGCUGCCUGGGAGGACGGACAAUGCUGUGAAGAAUCACUGGAACUCCACCAUCAAAAGGAAGGUGGACACGGGAGGCUUCCUGAGUGAGUCCAAAGACUGCAAGCCCGUGUACUUGGUGCUGGGGCUCGAGGACAAGGACAGCCCCCAGAGUGCCCAGUCUGCGGAAAUCCAGGGCAGUCUGGUGACCGGCUGGCCACCGGCGCCCCCCGUCGUGAAGGAGGAAGAGGGCAGCGAGGAGGAGGCCGCCCCUGCCCCGUCUGCAGAGCUGGCGUUUGUCCCUGCACAGCCGGAGAGCCUGCGCACUCCAGAGCCCUCGGAGGAGUUCCCCAAGCGCGAGGACCAGGAGGGCUCCCCGCCGGAGACAAGCCUGCCUUACAAGUGGGUAGUGGAGGCCGCCAACCUCCUCAUCCCUGCCGUGAGUUCCAGCUUCUCAGAAGCCCUGGACUUGAUCGAGUCGGACCCUGAUGCCUGGUGUGAUCUGAGUAAAUUUGACCUCCCUGAGGAGCCUUCGGCAGAGGGCAGCAUCCAUAGCAGCCCAGUGCAGCCUCGGGCACCGUCCCAGCCACAGGCACUGACACCGCGCCAGCCGGCGGGCCCGGCGUCCAGCGUGACCGAGUACCGCCUGGAUGGCCACACCAUCUCGGACCUGAGCCGCAGCAGCCGGGGCGAGCUGAUCCCCAUCUCCCCCAGCACGGACAUCGGGGGCACGGGCAUGGGCACACCACCCUCGGUGCUCAAGCGGCAGAAGAAGCGGCGAGUGGCACUGUCCCCUGUCACCGAGAGCAGUGCCAAUCUGUCCUUCCUGGACUGCAACAGCCUCACGCCCAAGACUACGCCCGUCAAGACCCUGCCCUUCUCGCCCUCCCAGUUUCUGAACUUCUGGAACAAACAGGACACCCUGGAGCUGGAGAGUCCCUCCCUAACGUCCACCCCAGUGUGCAGCCAGAAGGUGGUGGUGACCACACCCCUGCACAGGGACAAGACACCGCUGCACCAGAAGCACGCUGCGUUCGUGACCCCCGAUCAGAAAUACUCCAUGGACAACACUCCACACACGCCCACCCCGUUCAAGAACGCCCUGGAGAAGUAUGGGCCCCUGAAGCCCCUGCCUCAGACCCCACACCUGGAGGAAGACCUGAAGGAGGUGCUGCGCUCCGAGGCCGGCAUAGAACUCAUCGUGGAGGACGACCUGAGGCCCGAGAAGCAGAAGAGGAAGCCUGGGCUGCGGCGGAGCCCCAUCAAGAAAGUGCGGAAGUCUUUGGCUCUUGACAUUGUGGACGAGGAUGUGAAGCUGGUCAUGUCCACGGUGCCCAAGGGUCUGGCUGUGCCAACCAGCAUCGCCUCAGGUUCCACCUGCCACACCCUGUCUGGAAUCAAAGAGGACAACAGUCUGCUCAACCAGGGCUUCCUGCAGGCCAAGCCGGAGAGGGCAGGGCCAGCGCCGAAGGCCCGCAGCCACUUGGCAAUGCCCGCCCCGAUGACCAGCGCCUGGAAGAUGGUGGCCUGUGGGGGCACCAGGGACCAGCUCUUCAUGCAGGAGAAGGCCCGGCAGCUCCUGGGCCGCCUGAAGCCCAGCUCAACAUCUCGGACCCUUGUCCUGUCUUGAGGGCUUGGCGGGCGUGAGCCACUCUUUCGUGUUUACAGGGGUGUGGGUGUGAGAGCCACCCACGGGUGACUGCCUUCUGCCACCAGCCCCUCCCAGACUGCUCAGGUGGGGGCAGAAGGGUCACACACUGGCCACGCACAGCUGCGGGCGGCUCCUGGUGCUGACAGAACAAAGUCCUGCCCCUGGGUCUACCUGUUUCCUUCCCCGUGUUGCAAGGGGCCCUAUUAGCUUCUCCCAGGCUCUGGCCGGGCCUCAUCUCAGACCCUUGCCUGGGACAGGGAAUGUAUGCAGGGGUGCUUCCUUCUUGUCCAGCUCCUGUUGGCUUUUUUUUUUUUUUUUUUAAAUUUUAAAGAAUAAACUAGUUUUUUUUU